AUGUGUGAUGAAGCCAGAACACCCGAGACGCACGAGGAAUACACCCUCGUGGUGGUGUGUGCCAUGAGCUUCGAGAUGAGUGCUGUUCGCUUCAUGCUGGACCGGCAGCAUCCCCGUCUGCGGGCGAAGGACGGGGACUCUAACAUGUACGUCGUCGGCGAGCUCAGCGGCCACAACGUCGUCCUCGCAUGCCUCCCCGGCAACGACAGGCACGACAUCCGCCUGGGCGAUGUUGUCGUGAGCAUGCCCGAGGGGCAGUCUGGCGGUGUCGUGCAGUGCGAUCUGGGCAAGGACACCGACGCCGGGUUCGUGCUCAAGGGUUCGUUGUGGCCGCCGCCGUCUCUGUUAAGGAGCGCCGUGGAGAUGAUGCGGUCCGACCAUCUGGUCAGCGACAACAAGAUCCAAGACUUUGUGACGGCGAUGCUCCAAAAGGGACCACGUCUCGCCGCCUACCAACGACCAUCCCAUGAAUCCGACAUCCUGUUCAGCGAAGACUAUAUACACGACACCAGCAGCGCUUCAUGUGCGAGCUGUGACAGAUCUAAUGUAGUAGAGAGAGCACCGCGUCAGCCAGAGGGCUCCGUGAUCCACUACGGCCUGAUUGCCUCGGGCGACAGCGUGCUGAAAAGCUCGGCAAAGAGGAGUGUGGCUGUGCGCAGCUUGGGUGACGUGCUCUGCUUCGAGAUGGAGGCCGCGGGGAUCAUGUCCGAGUUCUCCUGCAUUGUCAUCCGCGGCAUCUCCGAUUACGCGGAUUCCCACAAGAACGACGCCUGGCACUACUUCGCCGCCGCUGCCGCCGCCGCUUGCACCAAGGAACUGCUCACUUACGUGGAUUCUUCGAAGGCACCGUCGAUGUCCGCCGUGCCGACACCUUCCGUCAACGAAGCAUCGAAUCUCAGUAGAGGGACCGGCGGUGGCCAUCGUUUCUAUGGCACAGGCAUCCAGCAUUCCGGCUCCGGGAACUUCUCAGUCGGGAACGAUCUGCACAUUAGGUGA